AUCCCCCAACCACGACCAGCUUAUCUGAAGCACCCAUAUUUAUCGCUGUAAUAACGCUAAGAAGAAGAAGAAGAAGAAGAAGAAGCGAGAAGAGAUCAUCAUCACAUCAAGGCCAUGGCACUCCACGCAACAUUCUCACUUCCCUCUGCAAUUUCCUCCCCCAAGGACGGGAAGUACGCAGCAGUUCAUGCUAAAGACACCAGUCUUGCUGGACUUUCAGUGAGAGACCACCUCAGGGAUGAUUUGCUCCUCCCCGCCACCUUCACUAAGGGUUUCAAGAAAAGAGAUGUGCCCUUUUUCGUAGUUAGAGCCCAGACAGCGACCACGGCGCCAAUAAUCAAAGAUCUCCAACCAGAACAAAAGAAGACGGAAAGGCAGUUCAAUGUAGUGAUCACGGGAGCCUCGUCUGGGUUAGGCCUGGCCACAGCCAAGGCACUAGCCGAAUCGGGGAAUUGGCAUGUCAUAAUGGCGUGCCGAAACUUUCUCAAAGCGGAGAAAGCGGCUAAAUCGGUUGGCAUUCCGAAAGAGAGCUACACCGUGAUGCACCUAGACCUUGCCUCUCUUGAGAGUGUGAGGCAAUUUGUUGACAACUUCCGCCGUUCGGGUAGGCCAUUGGAUGUGCUGGUUUGUAAUGCUGCCGUAUAUCAGCCCACCGCGAAAGAGCCGUCGUUCUCGGCUGAAGGGUUCGAGCUCAGUGUCGGGACUAACCAUCUGGGUCAUUUCCUACUUGCAAGAUUGUUGCUUGAUGCCUUGAAGCAAUCAGAUUACCCCUUGAAGCGCCUCAUCAUUGUUGGGUCCAUUACAGGGAACACAAACACAUUAGCAGGAAAUGUACCACCAAAGGCCAACUUGGGGGACCUGAGGGGCUUAGCAGGAGGAUUGAAUGGGGUGAGCAGCUCGCCAAUGAUAGACGGUGGUGAGUUUGACGGUGCCAAGGCCUACAAGGACAGCAAAGUGUGCAACAUGCUCACCAUGCAGGAGUUCCACCGGCGCUACCAUGAAGAGACCGAAAUCACAUUUGCUUCUUUGUAUCCGGGUUGCAUUGCCACCACCGGAUUGUUCCGAGAGCACAUUCCCUUGUUCAGACUUCUCUUCCCUCCCUUCCAGAAGUACAUCACCAAAGGAUAUGUCUCUGAAGAAGAAGCUGGAAAAAGACUUGCUCAGGUGGUGAGCGACCCUAGCUUGGAGAAAUCAGGAGUCUACUGGAGCUGGAACAAGAACUCAUCUUCCUUCGAGAAUCAACUCUCCAAAGAAGCCAGUGAUGCUGAGAAGGCACGUAAGCUGUGGGAGAUCAGUGAGAAACUUGUCGGAUUAGCUUAGAUAAGCAAAAAGUAGGAGCUUCACUGCUUGGUCAGCAUUAUCAAGAAUCGUCUUUCUCGAAUCAAUUUUCCUUGGAUAGAAAUCCCUGUAUAAAUUCAGAAAAAGAUUUUGUGUUGUGUACAAACGUAAACAUGUCGAAAUUAUGUCUCAGAGAUUAAAUUGAACACUUGCCAGAGCAAUGUUAUCUAGUGA